AUGUCUGUCAUGGAUUUUUAUCGUUAUACCGCAUUUAUAGACUGGACGUGUGCUAAUAUAGUAAAGCAUUAUCGUAAUAAUCUAGAACGAAAAGAUUGGGAAUAUGUACUUGAUAAAGUAAAGAAGGAUCUUCGAUACAUCACAACUUCAGAUUCCGGAUUUAGCCGCAAGCUGGGACUGCUAGUUGCCAGUGAUGAACUGCUUGUUCGACGCUUCUUUUUCGAGUGCAAACUGGGACUGCUAGUUGCCAGUGAUGAACUGCUUUCUUGGACCGCAAGUAAUAGGACAAAACAGAAUGAUACAGGUUUCAAGUUCGAGUUUCAUCAGAUAGAACAGCAGGUGCUCGCGACUGGAAAUACUGUAUCCAUUGACAAUAUCGAUAAUUGUCGUCUAACUGGAAAACAUCACCGAGAUGGUGGAGAGGAAAUAACGGAUAAAAAUGUAACCUUGCCGAAGCAGACGAAAAAAAUGAAAUUGAAAUCUUCUCGAACAAAACAAAAAUCCACUAUUUUCAAGUCCGAUGAGAGCGGAACGGAAGAUGCGAUCGUUGAAGAUACUUCAUACGAACGUCGUCGGCGUUGUUCUACCCCGGAAGAUAAGAUCAAAACAGUCAACUUGGAUGAGGUCCCUUCUGCAACGACAACAACUUCGUUAUAUGUUCCAUCUGCUCCAUCUACUCCUGAUUGCAAUAUUAGCGAAGAAUAUAUAAUUGUAGAAAACCGUAGUUAUUCUAUGGAUUACCUCACUGGUCCCGGUGUUCCCGAAUGGCGCCUGAACGAAAAUUCAAUUCGAUGGGUUGUAAACUACAUCGACAUCACUGAGAUAUGUCGUGAAUAUCGUGCAGUUGUGGUUAAAAAAUGUGAAUCGAUAGAAGUUACUUUGAAUGCUACAGAAGAACUGAUUUUAAGCCACGUAUUCGUAUUUCAAGAACAAAGUCCCCUCGGAUUAUGUGAAUAUUUUGAUGAUGAAUUAUGGGCGGAGCUUUUUGCCGAGUUUCAUGGGCUAUAUCCAUAUGCACCGAUCCCGGAUAAGAUUAGUAAUCUGUUUUUAAACAUCGUUAAGGAACCAAAUCAAACCGAACGUCAAAAACUUGCAAGGCGCUAUUUACGAAAUUUUGAAGCUAUAACCGAAGAAGAAGAAAUAAUCAUAGAGAUGUUUAGGGAACUGGUUGACAAUGAGCAGUCCUCAUUCACAAGAAAUUAUGUUGUUGAAGACACCCACACAAUUCGAAACAUCACCCCAAUAAUAUUAAAACCUUUCUUUAAGAACAAUAAAAGAAUUACCUUUGAAGGGGCGAAUAAGAUGUCGGAAUCAUCGGCAAUCGCAAAAAGACGUUUUGAUCCUGAACGUUUGGGUACGAAACCUGAUUUCACUGUCAUGACCACGAAUCCACAAAAACACGUUGAAUUGUUUAUCGUUGAGAUCAAACCGAAUAAAACGAACACUGCUCUUAUUUCGGAGGAUUUUGUCUCCCUCGGGAAAACGAUGAAGUGUGCGAUAGAUAAAUCUAUCAAAGACGGUGCAGAUGACCUGGUUAUAUGUGGCAUGCAGGUUAUCGGGUUCUUGGGAAGAGCCUAUGUGAUGGACCUCCGGUUCGAAGGGAUCUACCGCAUGAUAUUAAUUGGAGAGUUCGAGCUUCCAAGGGGUUCCACAUCGUGGGGUACUGCCUUGCAGUGCUAUCAAAUCCUGAACAUAAUUCGAGUUAUAGUCAAUAAUGGGGCCACAUCGUAUCAGACCGCAAUAAGAAUGAACAAACAAUCAAAAUCAAGAAUGAUGAUCAAGCCAAUGUUUCAUAGUCCGACGAAGGUACAAAAAUGCAAACAAUAG